UCAAUGGUGGAAUGAUGGGAUAUCAGCAGAGGCUUACUUCUGUGCCACAACAUAAUUACUAUUAUUUUAUUUUUAUUAUUUUUUGGCUAAAACGGCAUAAUCAUAAUAAACAGAAAUCUGGGAACAAUUUUGCUAUAGAUCCAAUAUGGAGGGAGGGGGACUUUAAAGGCAUUUUAAAUCAGAUUAAUGAAAGUAAUAAUAAAAUUGGAAAUAUUUGAUCAGCUGAUUUUAAUAAAGUCGAGCAUCUUUACAUUCACCCGACCAGCGUGUCCGCUGACUCUAUCCCCGGGGAUUGCUCUCCAACCUCCGUGUUUGCAUCAUCCUGCAGUCUGCGUUGCUAUAAAAGAGUCAACAGAGGGACGGGCAACAACCGACCAGGAACUAGUACCUGCGGAGGAAUCACGGGCACUUCUACUGUAGUUUUAGAGAAAACGAACCAUUCGAGAAGCUUUAGAAAGACACUUUUUGAGACGAAAAAGAAUUCUAGAACUCUCGCUUUUGAGUCUGUCGUUUGGUGACAUGAACACGGAUUUGGAGGAGCAGGAAGAUGAACUGAUCGCCCUGCAAAGUAUCUAUUAUGAAUCGGAGGAGUUCGUCCGGAAGGAGUCGAAGUCUGCCGGAGAAAUCCGAGUGUCCGUGGAGCUUCCAGCCGAUUUUACCGUCGUUCUUAAACACGAUGGAACUCUGAGAAAAUAUCAAAUAUCCUUCCUGCCACCUCUGCUUCUGACCUUUGAACUUCCUGAAGAUUACCCAUCCUCCUCCCCUCCCUCCUUCACCCUCACCUGCAGCUGGUUGACUCGCACACAGCUUGAUUCCUUGAGUGUCCAGCUAGUUGAUCUCUACCAGGCCACAGGGGGCGCUGUGGUGCUGUUCUCCUGGAUUCAGUUUCUAAAAGAGGAUGCCCUGAAGUUUCUGGACAUCCACAGCGUAUUUGAGGUUCCUUCUGAUGAAGACAGUUCUCUGUGUAACAAAAGCAAACAAGAAGCAGAGGUUUCCGAAUCAAAGAUUGAUUCUGAUACUUUGGAUUUAGGAUCCACAACUAACCAACAACAAAAUGGAUCAGAUCUUUGCGGGUCAGACUUGUUUGAAGCAUCUGGUGAUAGUCAACAGAACCCUUCAAUUUCACAGGGGAGCAACCCAGACUCUCAGGGAGCUUCAUCACUGGGUUCUGACAAGAAUGACAAAAACUAUUUAACAUCUGACCCAAUAUCUGAACCUGAGUUGCUGUCCGACCCAAAUCCAGAUAAAGUCCCAGAAGAUGUGCUGAAUGAGGGGAAAGCUUCAGGCUUGGCGGUGCCUUCCUUAAGCUCCUCAGAGCAACAAGCUCCAACUCAACAAGAGCAGCACAUUCCAGCCACAGAUUCUCCAGCAAACAAACCCCAACUUUAUGCCAAUCUGUCUUUGACUUCAUCUCAAAUCCUGCUGUCCCAGAUUUUGAUCCAUAAUGCAUCACAGAAACGGAAAGUGUUCGGCACCACAGUGUUUGAUUGCGGCAUUUGUUUUUCGGCUUGGUUGGGGUCGGAAUGUGUGCAGCUGCAUGGAUGUGGCCAUGUUUUCUGCCAGGCGUGUCUCAGGGAAUUCUGUAAGGUCCAAAUAACUGAGGGGAACAUCCAGGGAGUCACCUGUCCACAGGCUGGCUGCCCUGCAACCCCAACACCUGCUCAGGUGAAGACUCUGGUAGGGGAGGAGCUCUUCAAUCAUUAUGAUCGCCUCCUCCUGCAGUUUACUCUGGACAGGAUGCCCGAUUUGAUCUACUGUCCUCGACCUUCGUGUAGUUCCGCCAUCCUUCUGGAAAAUUCCAGCACUGUAGCAUUGUGCCCUGGGUGCCACUUCGCUUUCUGCGUCACCUGCAAAAAGACCUACCAUGGAGCAAGCAAGUGCUACGAGGAGAAAGUAAUUCAAAAAGAACAGAUUGCAACACCAGAACUGAGCCUGCCAGAGUCUGAAGAAGGGGCGAAGGCUCUUUUGGAGGACUAUCAUUCCGGCAGCAAAGAGAGACGACGUCUCCUGGAGAAAAGAUAUGGAUAUGCUUCGUGGGUCAUGUUGGAAGAAACUGUAAAUGAGAAGUGGAAGAAUUGCAACACCCAACCAUGUCCUCACUGCUACUGUGCAAUAGAGAAAAACGGAGGAUGCCCCCACAUGUUGUGCACUCAGUGCAAUCAUUCUUUUAUCUGGCGUCGAAUCUGAUAUUUACGACUAUCAGACUUGCUACAGUGAUAAGGAGAGGUUUGGGGUUUAUCAGCAAUUGCUGAUUCAUCAUAAAAUAUAUUUUUUAACAAAUUGCACACAUUGUAACUAAUUUGAACAAAUUGCUUACAUUGUAACUAAAAAUAAAAAAAUAGCCAGGACAGAAUUCUAAAUCAAUGCACAAUUUAAAAAGAUAAUCACAUACUAGUAGAAAAAUUCCCUGCAAUACCAUGUCUCCAACAGUAGAUGGCAGCAAAUAUAAACUUCUUGCAUAGUAAAAUCUAAUAAGUGAAGGAAAAAAAUCUGUCUAAAAAAUCAGAUUGCCUUUUUAUUAGAUGUCCUUUCAAUUGACUCGAUGAAAGAAAUCAAAGAUAACAUUUUCUUGAUUUAUACUUUGCAUGAUAUGCUUACAAAAAAUUUGAGGGAAAUGUAAUUCCUACAUUUUUGCACUUAACAUGUACUGGGAAAGUGUUUUCCGUCUACUCACAGACUGACUUCCUGUUUUGGAAAGAUACUCCUUCCUUUCUCCACCAUUUGGUCAGAAGAGUGGAACAGAGGUCUCUGCUGCACAGUCCCAGGAGACACGGCUGAGACAUGAUCGGAAGCCUACAGCUGUCACGUGAAGCCGGAGUGCUUGUGUCCCUGUGUCUCUUCCAGGAAAACUCCAGUUUCCACACAGGGGUCGUGGCUUCUUUUAAAAACGUCCAAAGAACUUUUAGCUUACUGACCUGCCGGGGUCUGGAGAGAGCUUAUAUUUAUGUUCUUUCAAAUAAAGAAAAACACAAAAUACUGUAA